AGGAAGAGCUACGGCCUUUCCUCAGAUUCUGGUCUCCGUGGUUGCGCCGCCGCCGCCGCCGCGCCCGGAUGUACCAGCUGACGCGCCCGGCUGGCCUCUGUCUCUGCAGACAGUAGGAAACAGCGUGAGAGGCUCCUGCCAGGGAAGAACCAUUCGGGAGAAGGGGGGACUGUUGGUUAGUUCGUCGUCAACGCUGCGCUCCGCUGGCGGAGGCCGCAUCCAAGCCCACCCUCUCAAGUAAUACAGGAGACCGGCCGGCCCGGUUCCACGCUUUCUUCGUCCCGACGCGACUCUGGGAAGAGACUGCUCGCUUUCCCGUUAUCGGCCGCAACGGCCCACAGCCGCCCUCUUCCUCGCCCCCGUCUCGCCUUGUGAGGGCCGUGGGCCAAAGACGCUGGGCGAGAAUGAGUAGCUCGCGGAAUAACCGGGUGAUGGUGGAAGGCGUCGGAGCGCGGGUGGUGAGGGGCCCGGACUGGAAGUGGGGGAAGCAGGACGGCGGCGAGGGCCACGUGGGCACCGUGCGCAGCUUCGAGAGCCCCGAGGAGGUGGUGGUGGUCUGGGACAACGGCACGGCCGCCAACUACCGCUGCUCGGGAGCCUACGACCUGCGCAUCCUGGAUAGCGCGCCCACCGGAAUUAAACAUGAUGGAACAAUGUGUGAUACUUGUCGCCAACAACCAAUAAUCGGUAUUAGAUGGAAAUGUGCUGAAUGUACAAAUUACGACUUGUGCACGGUAUGUUAUCAUGGAGACAAACAUCAUCUACGACAUCGCUUUUAUAGAAUAACUACACCAGGAAGUGAAAGGGUAUUAUUGGAGUCUCGACGUAAAUCAAAGAAGAUCACUGCAAGAGGAAUCUUCACAGGUGCUAGGGUGGUUCGAGGAGUUGAUUGGCAGUGGGAAGAUCAGGAUGGUGGCAACGGACGUAGGGGAAAAGUAACAGAAAUCCAGGACUGGAGUGCAUCAAGCCCACACAGCGCAGCAUAUGUUUUAUGGGACAAUGGAGCUAAAAACCUUUACAGAGUUGGCUUUGAGGGCAUGUCAGAUCUUAAAUGUGUCCAAGAUGCCAAAGGAGGUUCCUUCUACCGAGACCACUGUCCCGUACUGGGCGAGCAAAAUGGUAACCGGAAUCCUGGUGGUUUGCAGAUUGGUGACUUAGUUAACAUUGAUCUUGAUCUGGAAAUUGUCCAGUCUUUGCAGCAUGGCCAUGGAGGAUGGACUGAUGGAAUGUUUGAAACUUUAACCACCACUGGCACUGUUUGUGGUAUAGAUGAAGAUCAUGAUAUUGUUGUACAAUAUCCAAGUGGCAAUAGGUGGACUUUUAAUCCUGCAGUUCUUACCAAAGCCAACGUUGUCCGAAGUGGAGAUGCUGCUCAGGGAGCUGAAGGGGGUACUUCCCAAUUUCAAGUGGGUGACCUUGUCCAAGUUUGUUAUGACUUGGAAAGAAUCAAGCUGCUUCAAAGAGGACAUGGUGAAUGGGCUGAAGCAAUGCUUCCUACUUUAGGUAAAGUUGGAAGGGUGCAGCAAAUCUAUUCAGACAGUGACUUAAAGGUAGAGGUCUGUGGAACCUCUUGGACGUACAACCCAGCUGCUGUGUCAAAGGUAGCAUCAGCAGGCUCUGCUAUAAGCAAUGCAUCUGGUGAGAGAUUGUCCCAGCUGUUGAAGAAACUGUUUGAAACUCAAGAAUCUGGUGAUCUUAAUGAAGAACUUGUUAAAGCAGCUGCUAAUGGAGAUGUAGCUAAAGUAGAAGACUUGCUAAAGAGACCAGAUGUGGAUGUGAAUGGGCAAUGUGCAGGACACACAGCUAUGCAAGCAGCUAGUCAGAAUGGACAUGUUGACAUUUUGAAAUUGCUUCUAAAACAGAAUGUGGAUGUAGAAGCAGAGGACAAAGAUGGAGACAGGGCUGUUCACCAUGCAGCUUUUGGUGAUGAAGGAGCUGUGAUAGAGGUCUUGCAUAGAGGCAGUGCAGAUCUGAAUGCUCGUAAUAAACGUAGACAGACUCCACUUCAUAUUGCUGUCAAUAAAGGUCAUCUCCAAGUAGUGAAGACAUUACUGGAUUUUGGUUGUCAUCCUAGUCUUCAGGAUUCUGAGGGCGAUACUCCUCUUCAUGAUGCAAUUAGUAAAAAGCGUGAUGACAUCUUGGCUGUACUUCUAGAAGCUGGAGCAGAUGUUACUAUUACAAACAACAAUGGGUUUAAUGCUCUCCAUCAUGCGGCACUAAGAGGGAAUCCAAGUGCGAUGCGAGUAUUACUUUCCAAGCUUCCAAGACCAUGGAUUGUGGAUGAGAAAAAAGAUGAUGGCUACACUGCUUUGCAUCUUGCAGCACUUAAUAAUCACGUGGAAGUGGCAGAACUCUUGGUGCAUCAGGGCAAUGCCAACUUGGAUAUCCAGAAUGUAAACCAGCAAACUGCACUGCAUCUUGCCGUUGAACGACAGCACACCCAAAUAGUUCGGCUCCUGGUUCGUGCAGGUGCUAAACUGGAUAUUCAGGAUAAAGACGGGGAUACUCCUUUGCAUGAAGCCCUCAGGCACCAUACCUUGUCACAGCUUCGCCAGCUGCAGGACAUGCAAGAUGUGGGAAAGGUGGAUACUGCUUGGGAGCCAUCAAAGAACACAUUGAUAAUGGGACUGGGAACUCAGGGAGCAGAGAAGAAGAGUGCAGCAUCUAUUGCUUGUUUCCUGGCAGCCAAUGGAGCUGAUCUUGGUAUUCGUAAUAAGAAGGGUCAGUCUCCCCUUGACUUGUGUCCUGACCCUAGCCUCUGCAAAGCCUUGGCAAAAUGCCACAAAGAAAAGGUCAGUGGACAGGUUGGUUCCAGAAGUCCUUCGAUGAUUAGCAAUGAUUCAGAGACCUUAGAAGAAUGUAUGGUAUGCUCAGAUAUGAAAAGGGACACUUUAUUUGGUCCAUGUGGACAUAUUGCUACCUGCUCACUUUGUUCACCAAGAGUAAAAAAAUGCCUCAUCUGCAAAGAGCAAGUUCAAUCAAGAACAAAGAUUGAAGAAUGUGUCGUAUGCUCAGACAAAAAAGCAGCAGUACUCUUUCAGCCUUGUGGUCAUAUGUGUGCUUGUGAAAAUUGUGCCAGCCUGAUGAAAAAAUGUGUACAGUGUCGGGCAGUGGUAGAGCGAAGAGUGCCUUUUAUCAUGUGUUGUGGUGGGAAAGGUACAGAAGACACCACAGACGAUAUUUCAAGUGGAAACAUUCCAGUUUUGCAAAAGGACAAGGACAAUACCAAUGUUAAUGCUGAUGUACAAAAAUUGCAGCAGCAGUUGCAGGACAUAAAAGAACAGACUAUGUGUCCUGUGUGUUUGGACCGUUUGAAGAAUAUGAUCUUUCUGUGUGGGCAUGGAACAUGUCAACUUUGUGGUGAUCGAAUGAGUGAAUGCCCUAUCUGUCGAAAAGCUAUUGAACGAAGGAUUCUUUUGUAUUAAAAAUAUAAAGUGUCUCUUUCUUUUACUAUGUCAUGCUAGUAAACUUAACUCAUUGAGUAAGCUUUAGUGGCAGCUUUGAAAGCUGUCAUGAAAACAUUUCUAAUGUUACUACAGAGUAAGCAUGCUGCAUUGUAAGUGCUUAGAGACUGGCAAUUUCAACACAGAUCAGUAUUUGAGUGGCUAACCUUUCCUGUUAACAAGAAAGCUAGAUCAAGGAUAGAUUAAUCAACGAAGCAGUUUUUCAUUCAUCUUGACUCCCCCCUGCUCCUCACCCAUCCCUUUAUGUAAAAGGAACAAUCUUGAUUUAUUGUCUUGGUAAUGUUUUGCAUGGAUGAGUUCCAAUUUCAGAUGUUAGUGUUUACACUGCCAGUAGUUUUCAUGUAUAAAUUGGGUUUUUUAAAUUCUCUAAACUGUAUUGAAGAUUUUUCAUAGUGUUAGUAAACUGCAGCAGCAAGCUGAGGCUUAUAGCUAACUAUGGGGUUAAAAAAAAAAAGGAAGCACAACAAAUAAUGCUUUCGUUGAUUCUAAAAUCUGUAAUUUUGUUUGGUAUAUAUUGCUCCAAAUUAGUUUGAAAGCAAACAGCAAAGCAAACAAACAAACAAAAAACUUGUUGAGCUCAAGGGCUGCCCUGUGGGCUCUACACACACAGUGGGAUUCUGAGUCCUCUCCUUCCUGAAUUAUAGCUGUCUGACAGCCUGUUCCCAAAAUGGAGGAAGCUCCAGGUGUAAUACAGGCCACUACCAAUAAUAAAAGGAGUAAAGUCGGGGCAAAAAAGUAUACCCUCUACAUGCCUGAGUGUUUUUGGAUCUUAGCCUUAUUCCUUCAUUUUAGGGACCAGUGUUAUGGAGAAGGAGAGUGCAUGGUGUUAUUUGGAUACCUUUUAACCAUGGACUCAAUACUAAUAUUUGGAAAGUAAUGUAUGGAAUCAGGUGUCACUUUGUAAGUAUCUUGGUUAAUGUAUUUCCUUCUUAUAAAGGAAAAGGUUCCUUUAAAAUAAGCAUUAUAUUCCUGUUUCAGAUUUGGCAACACGUUUGAACUGCCUAAUAGGUCAAGUUACUUGAUAUCAUUCAGUUACUUAUAAGAAAGACAGUACUUGAUAUUUCUGCAGGACUUCCACAAAUCUGACCACUUGGUGGCUUAAACAAACUUCACCAAAGGGCCAUGGAAACUAACUCUGAAUGUUCAUUUAAUUGUUUAUAAGUAUUAAACCACUGACAUGACGCAUAGCUUCAGGAAUAAAAACUUUAAUUCUGGAAGUUAACAGAUAGAUAUGUCUUUGUAUUUAAUUCCAGUGUAGAUAUUAUAUUGUUAUAACUAGCAAUUUUAUUCCUAUUAAAUUAAUUUAAACAGGAAUAUUGCUUGGAGGAAGAUGCUGUGGAUAUAGUCUGCUCUUCAGAAACAUUGCUUAAUAUUUUGAUUUCUGUUAAUUGACCGUAUACUUAGGAACACCAUUUAUGUAUAGAAGGCAACUUUGUAUAUAUGCAGAUAUGUGUGGCAUUGGAUUCCAGAUGUUGUUUCUGUCAGAGGGCUAGAUGUUACUGAUUCUUUCCUCUCACUGCAGAUACUAACUUCAUCCCCUCACUGUUUUUGAGGGCCCUUUAUCCCCCAGGACUUGCAUUUCAGUGGGCUGUGGUAGGAGGAGGGUGGCAGAAGUUCUGUUCUGAUGGCAGAAGUGCAUUAUGCCAAUUGAAGAUUACCGUUAGGUCCAGUUAUAUGCUCAUACAGUAACAGAAUGGCAUGAUGCUCCAUAAAUCAGUAGUCUCUUUGCAAGCCAGAAUUUUGAAGACUUUAUUUUCUGAAGUGGCUAGAUACAUAGAUUAACUCGAUCAUAUUUUAAUUGAAGAGCAAAAUGAAAAGACUAUGGCUAAUGAUUCACAGACUGUACAGAUUUAGGAAUAAGUUCCAUUGAUGUUGGUUGGAUUUGUAAGAUUGAGUUUCCAGGCUGUGAUUCCUAAGUUCACCAUCAGUAAGUUCCAUCAACAUCAAGAACUGAGGGCCACACUAGGCAUUGCAUUUGCCAAGAGUCUUAUAGACAGAUAUGAUGCUUGGGAAUAAGGAACUUGUUCCCAAGUGCUUGGGCCUGAUUUGGCUCAGGAGUGUGGUGCAGGGGUAGAAGGAGCUUCAGCCUCCACCACCUCGAGUUGAGACAGUGAUGGAGGGGGGUUGUUUAAUCUGAUAUGAGGCUUCCCAUGCACUGGCUGCAGCACAUGAAAUCGCAGAGCAGAGCAAAUACCCCCACCGCUGGCCAUUUUGUCUUGAGAAAAUAGUGCAGGGGAAGCUGCUGAAGUUUCCCCUCUACUGUACUGUGCUCCUGAGCCACAACUGGUCCCCAGAAAACUUGGAAACAUUAGUUACUGAUAUCAAUCUGUCUAAGAUGGGCUGGGAAACCCCAACCUGAUUCAUGGCAGAUGUAAUGUCUGAUUUAGCCCUAAGUUGUAUCUUCUUCACUUUAUCGUAAAUGUAUACCGGAGGCACCAUUAUUUUAUAGAGAAGUUACUGGUAAUUGUUUCCUCGGGACAUCUCUUGAAACAAUUGUCAUGUUUAAGAAUUUUUUAAAUAAAAUAGGUAACAGUAAAGCACUAUUUGAUACAAUGACCUAUUUAUAAUUUAGCAUCAAAUAUAACGUUAAUAAUUGAUGUUAAACACUACAUUUGUCUAAAGAAACUAAGCCCAAAAAGAUGUGAAAAUAAAGGCCUGUGAGUGAAAAUAAAGGAAAAUAUAGAAUGUUGGACAUUAUAGGCAGAUGGCAAAUUUUGAGAAUCAAAGACAUUUACUUUGCAAAAAUGUUAUUUAAUUUUAAAGUCCCUAUAAAAUUUCAGGUAUUUGUAUCAUCAGAGGUCCAUAAGCAUAGAUGCAGGCUCUCCAAGCUGAUAAAAGUACAAUAGAAGUCCAAUGCAAAUGGAUACUUUCAGCAUUAAAUUUUAACCCAACUGCUGGAAAAAUUAAGAGCUCCCAUUCAUUUUGUUCUCUUGCCUAUUAAAAUCAUUUUGUUCUCUCCUAUUAAAAUCAUAGAGUUGGAAGAAACCUCCAGGGUCAUCUAGUCCUACUCCCUGCACAAGAUUUUAAAUAUUACUGUCAACAUUUUAAAAUCUUGAAAGCAGAAGAGUAGAAUUAAUUUGAUUAAAAAGAGGUGUGAAGCACUGAAUAGACUUCAAACCUAGUAGAAUAAAGGAUACAUGUUCUACUUAGUGAUUUGGACAUCUAACCUUUUGUGGCUUUGAUGCUAUUUUAUGCCUUUCUGUUUACUGUGUGAAAAACAAGUUACUGUUAACAUCUCAGUGAACAGAUAACACUACAUUGUUUGAAGUUUUUCUUAAUUUAUUAAUAAAUUCUUAGUUAAGCCUUUAUAGUAAACACAAGCAGAUGUCAAGACUUGAAUUAAAACUUUUAAUAAACAGUGUAAAUAUAAAUCUGGGGCAGAUGUCUGUAUUGAACUACAUUAUAAUUAUCCACUCAUU